AUGAAAUUUAAACCAAACAUAAAAAAUUUUAACGUUUUCUUUUUUAUAUUAUAUUUUGUGCGAUUGCUUCAAAGUAUAAAUGCUAAGAUAAGCAUAUCUGAUUUUAAUUAUUACAAUGAGGUAAAUGAGAUUAAUGUUAAUUUAUUAGAAACUGAAUAUAUAAGUAUUCUCAAAAUAAUAGGUGAUGGCACAACUAAUACAAAUUUUGAAAAUAGUUACGACUAUUUAAUUUCUGAUGAUGAACAAGACAAAACUUGUAAUGUAAUCCAUAAUAAAUUCGGAAACGUAAUUAUAAAGAAAAAUAUCGAUUCAAAUAUUUUAUUAGUUCAAAAAACAAAUGUAAAAACAUAUAUUAAAGACAAAAACAAUCUAUGCUCCACUAUAACCCCCAUUAAUGAAUCGAUAUACACCAUUCAAGAAAUUAAAAAAGAGGACGAUCAUAUAAGUGUUGGAGAUAUAGAACAAUGCAACGAUGAAAAUAUUCGUAUAUUUACCAAUUAUUUUGAUAUGCUAAAGGACAUCAUUAUCUCCGACAGUGAAAAAUGUGAUCAAAUCAUAGGACCUACAUUUGUUAAAAAAACUAAAGUUUUUAAUUGUAAAGGAAUCAUUGGACAUAUAAAAGAUAUACAUAAAUUAUAUAAUGGUACAUAUUAUAUAUGCAUGAAAGAUAAUUAUAUAUCAUUAAUACUUAGUAAGAUUACUAUUGAUAAACCAAUUCCUACUAGCACAUUUCUUUGCAAUUAUAAAAAUUCAAAUUGCUUAAUACCAAUUAAUGCUAAUAUUUUUAGUAUUGUACCAAUCACAAAUGAUGAAACUGUAAUAAUUAAACCAAAAUGUGAUGAUACGAGUUCUCCACAUAUAAAAACAAAUCAUAAAGUAGACGGCGGAUAUUAUUUAUUCAAUUUCGAAAAUAAUAAGGAAUAUUAUCUAGAGGUUUGCAUAAAAAAUGUUUCAAAAUAUAUAAUCGCGGGAUAUGUGUUUUUUUUAGAUGCAUUUAAUCCCAUUAUCUGCUUCGAAAAUUUCCAAUGCCCAAUUAAAUUAUAUACACCAAAAGACAAAAUUAAUUAUAUUGCAAACAAUAUUAAACUUGUAAAUCUUAUAUGGUCUAAUACUGAAUGCAAACAGAAUAAAUCGACAGGCAAAAAGAUAAGUACCAAUAUACAAAAAAGUGAUGAUACUUUGUAUAUUACUAGUGCUGACCCUAUACAAAAUGAAACUACUCUGUGUUCAAAUAAUGAUGAAUAUUAUCUUCCUCUAUUCACUAUAAAUUUAAUAAAAAACCCUGAAUAUAAAAUUUAUUACACCGUAAUAAAAGAUGUAGUUUUUAAUACUAUGAAUUACUUGUUUGAAUACAAUAAUUAUGCAGGCCCAUAUAUAAAAUAUGAAUGCUCCUAUAACUUAAAUGUUAAAGAUGAAUAUAAUAAUUCGGUAGAUAAUUCUGAUAAUGAAUUUAUACAUUCACUUGGUAAAUUAAAUUUUAACACCAAUGAAAAUAAUGCCAUUACUAUGAGGCUAUGCUUAAAGCAACAUAAUUAUUAUGAUAUAGGAUUCGUACAAAUUGAAAAAUUAACAAACAUAAAAAUUAUAUCGUUUAAUCCUUUCCUAUUUGAGGCUUCCAUCUUAUUAUAUAAAGAUAACGUUAACACAAAAUUUUCUCAAUUCGCAAUAAAGGAGCAUGAAAGUUGCCAUUCAGAUAAAGGAGAAUUUUUAAUGUCUACACCAUAUAAAGAAUAUGUCGAAACUCUAAAUAUUCGAAAACAUACGUCAAUAAGUGCAAAAGUAAAUUACAAAAUAGAAUUUCAACCCAAAUUAGAUAAAUCGCGAUAUUAUAUAUGUAUGUGUUCUGAAGAAAAACUUUGUAAAAAUAAUAAUAAUCUAAUAAAUUAUUACACAUACACAAACAUUUAUAUAGAUAAUGAGGUAAAAGACUUAAAUAAAACAGUGUAUAUAUGCAAAUUGUUUUAUAAAUGUGCAUUUACUAUCCAAUUCAACUCAUCACAAGUUUCCGAUAAAUGGAUAUCUAAAAUAGGAAAUUCAUGUAACACAAAUAAAAUAGUACACAUUGGAAUUGAUUACAAAUAUAAUAAUGUAUUAACUGAUCAUAAAUCCAAUAUAAUAGCUCUUGAUUUCAAUAUAUAUUAUAAUAUUAACGAAUGGAAUAAAAAUCUGUUCAAUACAAAUAUAAUUGCUUGCGGAAAUUAUAAUAAUCAAAGUUUUAAUAUUUAUAUAGAAAAUGAUUUUUUCUUAAUAUAUCAUAAUAUACCAAAUAUAGAAUUUGAUAUAAUUAAUAUAAAACAUGAUAAGUUAUGUAAUAAUAAAAAGGAUUUAUACAUAUACUCUUAUUUUAACGGCCAAGAAAAUUUAUUUAAAGAAAUAAAAAUUGAUGAAAAAACAAACCAUAAUCAAAUUAAUUUAAAAAUUGAUUAUAAUGAUUUAAAAAAUAACCAAUUAUAUUUUAUAAGAGAAUGUCAUUAUUGCCCUAAUGUAUUAAUGUAUCAUCAUAAUGACGAUCAUUACAUUUUUCAAAACACCGUAAACAUGCCAGAAAGGAAUUUUGAUCAAAUGAUUUAUGAAAAUAACUUAAUAUCGCUAAACAUGGAUGGUUCCAUAAAUAUAUACAAUUGCGAAAGCAGCACAAAAGAAAAUUAUAUAGUUACUAGUGUUAUAAUGUUUGAUGGUCCAGUUCAAGAAAUUAAUUUUUAUUGCCCUAUAAAUACUGACUGUAAACACACAGAACAAUUCUAUUUAUUAUGGUAUAAAUAUUCAUUAUAUAUUGAAGUUACAGAUACAAAAAGAAUUAUAGUUGUAUUACACGAAAUUCCAGAAAAAAAACUCAACCACCCAAACUCAUUUAGUACAAUAAAAAUUUCGAAAAUGAUACUAAUCGUAUCUUCUAUAAAAACUACUGAGAUGAAACCCGGUCCCUAUAAAUUGAUUUAUAGUAAAAAUGUUAAUGGUGUAAUUGUCGAAUCGUAUGUUGGUACAUUUCAUUAUAUUGGACCAAUUGUGCACAAAAAUAUUGUAAGUGAUGUUGCAAAUAAUAUUUUACUUGAAGGCUACUUUAAGCAAAUUGAAAACGAUAAAAUUAAAAUAAUAGCAUAUUCAACUUGCAAUUUCACGAAAUUAUUAACAGAUAUUUCUAAACCUAAUGAAAAUGUGAAUGAAAUUAAAAAAACAAUUCUAAGUAAUACUCAUGAAUGUAAAUAUAAUAAUGAUCACACAUUGAUAUGUGAAGAUGCACAAUUAAAUAAUGAAAAAAUUAAUUUAUGCUGGUGCUAUGAAAUAUCUGAAAAAUAUUGUGAAAAUUUAUUGAAUGUUCAAUUAAAAAUAAUAGAAUAUUCACCGUUGCAAUCCAUUCUAAAUCCCAUUACUCAAAUAAGUAAAUCAUCAAAUUUUAAUUUUAUGAAUUAUAAAACAGAUGGUUACUUUUUUUUAAUAGAAAAAAAUUGUUUAGAUAUUAAAAAUUUAGAUUUAAAAUCAAAUUUAAGUGACCCAAACCACAUCCAAGAAAUUUAUAAAAGAUUAAAGUAUCCCAAUAAAUAUAAUAUGUGUGUAUGUAUAUUAAAAGAAAAUAUUCUAUGUGAUAAAACAACUGAUUUUUCACGAUUAAUUGUUACUAUAGAACCAAUUUCAUAUAAAUUAAUUAAACAAAAUGUAAAUGAUGAUUUUAAUAAAAAUAGUAAUAAAGUUCAUGAUUUUGAUUUUGAUCCAGAUUUUAAAGAAAAAUUAGAUGAAGGUGUAGCACCAGUUACUAUUAUUCUACCUGGACCAAUACAAUAUAAUAAUUAUAUUUGUUUUUCUGGAAUAUUGUGCAGAACAAUAAUAAAUUUUAAGCGAAUAAUUCCCAUUUCCGAAUUGUAUACAUCUAACAAACGUAUAGAGGACAAAGGAAAACCAAAAAAAGCCAAUGAUGAUAAUAAUAAGAGGAUUGCUAAGCAUGUAAAGGAGGUAGGCGAACUAUAUUUUACAUUAAAUGAUACCAAAGAGUGUAAAAAUGAGAACCAAAAAAUAUACAAAAGCGACCUAGGUGAUGUUAUUAUUGCUCAAGAAAUACAAUAUUUAAUGUAUCAAUUAGUAGAUGUAAUUUAUGAUUUGAAAAUAAAUAUUGUCCCCCAAAAAAUAAACAAAAUUUAUGAGAUAUGUGCAUCAUUAAGUCUGAAAGAUAUAAAUUAUUAUAACAUUGGAAGUGUUACUUUUUAUGGGAUUUUUAAUGAAAAUUAUAAUCCUGGAAACAUAAAAAGUGCGGAAGAUGGGGAAUUGGGAUCUAAUUAUUAUGAAAUUGUUUCCGGUGUUUCUUUCACCCUUGAAGUAAAACAAUUUUACACAAGUUAUGAUAUAUUCAUUCGUAUUGUUUAUCAAAAUUUUGGAGAUGGCCCAUUCUGCCAUAUUAAUAAUAAUACUCGUGAAAAAAUUUAUUCGAGAAACACCGUUCAAGAAUUUCUAUUACAACAUGAAAAAAAAAAUAUAGCAGAUAAUGUUACUAGUCAUAAGUGGGAAGACUUAAUAUUAUCUUUAGAUGUAGACAAUACUAAUUAUAUGGCUUCACAUAAAAACAUCGACAAACCACAAUAUGUUUUGGUUUGUUCUUGUUAUGAACUAAUCGAAGGGAAUUGCCGUUCUCAUGAUAUGUAUACCAGCGAAAUCAUGAAAUAUCGUAUGCAUACAGCUAUUCUAAAAUCACCGAAAAUUAAUUCUACACUAAAUUUCCUUGAACCAGUUACUAUCACAUUACAAACAGCUAAAGAGUUAUCUGGAUCUAUAAAAAUAUUUCCAAUAGAAAUGGAAGAAGACUUGAACAAAUUAUGCUUAGAAUUAAAUCGAAGAAAAAUGUUUAUAAUUUAUGAUAAAUCCGACCUGAAUGAAUACGAGCAAAAUUAUGAAAUAAUUAUCGAUUUCUUAGCACAAGGUAUUAUAAUAUGCUGGUGUCCAAAACAUAUGUGUGAUGAUAAUGAUUAUUUAACUAAAGUUGCUUUUUUCAAAACGAAUGCCCCAUUAUUUUUAAAAGUUGAUACCGAUCCCACAGGCCAUUUUUCCUUUAAUUUUUUAAAUAAUUUAAUAAGUAUAGAUGAUAGAAUCAUAUUUGUGGAUUCUAAUUUUUCUUGUACUGACAAUGUACAUGAUAAUUUGUUCGAUAACACGAUUGAAAUAGAUAAUCAAACUUAUUCUCUAAGUUUUGAACAAAAAUUGAAUAUAUAUGGAACACCGCAAAAAAUUGUAAAAGAAAUAAAUGGAAAUUUUAUGUGGGUUUCGAAAAUUUAUAAAAUCAAAAAGCCAGAAAUCAGCGUAAAAAUAUGUUAUUGCUUUUAUUUUUAUAAUAACAAUUGCAAUGAUGUAAAUAGUUAUAUAUAUAUUGGUCUCGUCUACAAUAAUACAUUAAUGGAAAAGAACAUUACAAAUUCAGAUCUAAUUUAUAAAUCACCAAAUAUUAACUAUUUUAGUAAAGAUUCUAUAAAGUUUGUUUCAAUAAAUAGCUUUAACAAAUAUGCUAAUGUUUGUAACAAUAGGACUCACAACAAUUUUGUUAUUAUACCCUUUGUUAAAAAUGAGGCAUUUCAAUACCACGAUUACAAAUCAAGAAUAUUAAAUGUUUUUAAAAAAUAUUAUAAAAAUGAAAUUAAUUUCGUAAUAUGUUAUAGUUCUUAUUAUUAUGGAAAUAAAACUACCUAUCUAUUAAAAUCUAUACAAGUUGAUGAUAAUCCUUCUUAUACAGACACGAUUAAUUAUAACUAUGAAUUGAGUCAGAUGGGACUUUUACUUGAUUACAAAAAAACAAAUACAAAUAAACAAAGUGAUGCAGAUUCAGAUGAUUUUGAAAAAAUGUAUUCAUCCUUGAAAAAAUUUAAACAAGACACAAAUAUAUUUAGUGAGUAUUUUUAUAGGCAAAUUUCUAUCAAAUCACAAAACACCUCAAAAAUUAAUAUAUAUAAUAAUUAUCAAGAAUAUAAUAAUGAUAAUAUACCAUUAGACAUAAAAUUAAAAAAAUUAUUAUCUAAGUUUUAUGAUAUACAAAGUAUUGAUGUAAAUGAAUUGGUAUAUUAUAAAAAUAGUCAAAGUAUAUUUGCAAACUUUAAUUUAGAAAAUAUAAUUAUUAUCAAUGCGAAAAAGGUUAUAUUUUGUUGUCAAGAAGAAGAAUACUUUGAAGUAGAAAUAGUUGACGAUAAUAAAUAUGUGAUUAAAAAAGUUUCAAAAAUACAGCAGUUGUUAAAUAAAUUUAAAAAUUAUAAUGCACAACUUGAAAAAAAUAUUAAAGAUCAAAAUUUAAUAUUAGAACAAUUUACCAAUUUAUACUACAAAAAUAAUCGCCCGCAUUAUUUAAUGAUAAAAGAUUCAACUGAUAUAGGAUUUUAUAAAAACCAUAUGGUUAUCAAAUUAGCAGAAUAUAACUUUUCUAUACAAAUAAAAGGAGAAAAUAUACCAGAUCAUAAAUUUAUAUUAUAUAUCAUAGAGUUUAAUAACAGUUGUUAUACCAUUGAUAAAAAAUUAUUUUAUGUAGAAAAAUCUGAAUUUUCCAAUAAAAAUAGUAAAUCCAUAACUUUCAAAGACAUACAAAUAAGCAAAAUAAAUAAUUAUAAAUUAUGCAUUCUAGACAAGACGGAAAAUAUAUAUACAGACGUGGGUAUAUUAAACAUUACAAAUUAUUAUAUUGUAAAUGAUUCAUAUUUUGAUGAUGAUAACAUUCCAUCAACUAGUAACCAAAAUAAUUAUGCCAUUUUAAAUGUUUGCGUAAAUAUCCAAUAUAACAAUGUUUAUAUAAUAAAAAAAAGUAGGAGCUUCUAUUUUGAAAUUGAUUCAAAAAAUCUAACAUUUUUAAAAAAAAAUAAUAAUUUUAAUAAAUAUUUUCCUGAAUUACAACAACAUCAACUAAUAUCUUGUAAAAGCAAAGACAAAUAUACAAUUAUUUUAACCAAAACUAAUGUAUUUCUUUACAUACUGAAUCAUAAUAAUAAUACUAGUGAAUUAUCCUUCUCAACAAGCCAUAAUAUAAUGUUUGCUGUUGAUAUCGAUUUUGACGACAAUUAUAUAUACAUAAGCGAUUUACAUUUAAAGAAAAUAAUUCGACUACAAAUUAUGAUUAAUGGAAUACCAACCUCUAUAGUGAAUAAAAGAUCGAAAAGACAUAUCAUAGGGGUAGAUCAAUCAAAUAUUAAGCUACUCCAAAACAAAAUUCUUAACAAAGGUAAACUACUUAAGAGCUAUGUUAUGCAUGCAAAAACUAGCGAUGAAAAUCAUUUACAAACAAAUCAUUUAGUGAACAGUUCAAAUAUUUAUGAUGCACAGCAUUACAAUAGAUUUGAUGUAUUAUUCCCCAAAUUAUUAAUUAAUAAAAAUUCACACAAAUUCGAACAAUUAAAGCUAAAAAAAUCCAAAAAAAGCGAAACCAAUAACUUCAACAAACAGACAAUGAGAACCAAUCUAAAUUACAAUCCACAAAACACUCAAAAUCCAAAACAAAAUAAUGAGAUAGUUACUUUUUUACAACAAUAUAAUAGUUACGCAGUUUCUAAUAAUGUAAAAAAGAAUUUUUUAAAAGAUGAAAAUAUCCAAAUGAAUUAUAGAGAAAGUUCAAUGAGUAAAAUCAUUAGUAAGCUAUAUAAUUAUCUUAAAAAAACUGUUAGUAACAUAAGUUCGAGUGUAUAUUUAUACAAAAUAUUAGAUAAUAAAAAUAUUCUCAAAGAAAAAUCAAUUAUCAGCAAUCUUUUAAAUUUAUUCAAAAAGAGCAAAAAAAAAAUGAAUAGCUACGAUAAUAAUGCAAUGUCGUUAAAAAUACCAGAUUCUAUAAUUGUACAUGAAGAAAAGAAUGUGUCUAAUAACCCUAAUAUUAUGAAUACUACUAGUGAACUUACAAGAAAAAAACGAAACGCGCUUCAAAAAUUAGACCAAUCAGAUUAUGAUAAAAUCAUACAAAAGAAUAUUGAAAAUUUUGUAAACUUGCCAAAUACAGAAAAAUAUUUGCCUAAUAAUAUGAGUUACCUUGAUAUUGCAAAUUUAAAAAGUCCAUUACAUAUUUCUAUACAUGAUAAUAUAUUAUAUAUAUUAGACAGGACAAAAAACAAUUUUUUCAGUUAUAAUUUGAAAAGUAAAAAAAUUAUUGAAUUAGAAAAAUACAAUUUUUCAACACAUAAAUUUACUUUAAAUAAUCCUUUAAAUUUUUCAAUAUAUGAAGGAAACAAAAUUAUACAUACUGAGCAUACAAAUAAAUUAGCAUUUGUAUCACAAAUAAACAGUAAUGAAGUAAAAAUUAUUGAUUUGAAUCAAAAUCAAUACAAAAUUAUUAAAGCAAUAAAAUUAAGAAAAGGAUAUAAAAAGCAUCGCAUUAUUAAUAAAGUAAUACCGAUAAACGAAACUUUAUUAAUAAUUACGUCACAAGAUCUUAAUGAUAAUGGAAUUACUCCUCAUCACUACCAUUAUUAUUUUAAUUUAUUUAGUCAUUAUUUUCAAAUAUCUUUUAGUUAUACAUUUUCCAAAAGGUAUACUGCAAAUGAUCAUUUACAUAUAAUACCAGAAAUAGAUAAAAACAGUGACACUAUUAUUUAUUUCUGUUUUUUAAAUUCAAGCAACAAAUGCACAAAUGUAGAUGAAUUAACGAAAUUAAAGAUUUCUUAUAAUACUGGAAUAAUAACAGGAAAACUAAACUAUUUUGGGACGUUUAAAUUAACAAUUUUUGCAAAAACAUAUUUUCAGUAUAAAAUUAAUAUUUAUGAUAACUUAUAUUCUUAUUGUGGAAUUGGAAAAAAAUUUAAUAUAAAUAAUAACGGAUGCGAAGGUUGCCCAAUAGGGACAUUUUGGAAUAAUGAAAUGUUAUUAUGUGAAAAAUGUGAUGGAUAUAAAAAAAAUACAUCUACAUUAAAAAUUGGAUCAAAAUUAAUAACAGAUUGUUUAUGCUCAGCUGGAUAUGAAUAUUCAGAAAAAACACAUAGUUGUGAACAAUGUAAACCAGGUUAUUACAAAAAUAGAGUUGGAAAUUUUAUUUGCAUUAAAGGAUGCAAAAUUAAUGAAACAAGUAUUAUAUAUGGGGCCACAAAUUAUGAUGAAAUGUCUUGUAAAUGCGUUGAAGGGUAUUAUAUGAACAAUCAAAAAUGUACAUUAUGUUUAAAAGAUCAUUAUUGCCCAGGAAAUGAAGUUAUUAUACAAUGCAAUCAAAAUGAAACAUCACAAAUAGGAUCAAAAUUGAAAGAAAAUUGUGUGUGCAAAGAAAACUUCAUAUAUAAUAAGGAAAAUAAUAAUUGUACUUAUUGCGUAUCUAUUGCUAAAGUUAAAUCGGAACCCAUUUAUUGUAAAUUAUGCGAAGAAAAAUAUCUAAAUAUCAAUAUUUUUGCUGUACCUUAUCAAAAUAAUUACGGGUUAGUAAACACGAUACAUAAUUACUAUGAAGAUUUUAUCUUGGAUAAGGAAAAUGUGAGGUAUGCUUAUUUUGGUAAAAAGUUGGAACGCGAAGAAAACCGAGAAAUUCAAAUUGAUUCGAAAAUACCUAGAAAUUAUGCAAAUUAUAUAAAUUUUAUAAAAUUUAACGAUCAUGACAAUAAUAAAAACGAUGCUCUCGAUGGCGGAAAUGAUGCUAAAGAUACAAUAAAAUUUGCAAUUGAAGUUAACACACAUCAUCAUACUAACUGUGUAUUUUGUGAGAGUGGACAUUUUAUAGAUUAUAAAAAAAAUAAAUGCUUGCCUUGCAGUAAUAAGUAUUGUAAAGGGUUUUCCAAAGAACCCAAAAAUUGUCCUAAUAAUUCCAUUGUAAAUAAAAAAGAGGCGUCUUCUAUUUUCGAUUGUGUUUGUAAACGUGGUUAUGGAACAUUAAAUGAGAGAAGAAAUGGGAUUAAAAAAUCCUUAACCUGUAAGGUAUGCCCAAAAAAUUUCUUUAAACACAAUACAACCGAUGAAUACUGUUUACCUUGUCCCUAUAAAACUUAUACAUUAUUAGAAGGAUCAAAUUCGAUAAGCAAUUGUUUGCCUAGAGAAGGACAUUUUAUACUAAUGCUUAGAAAUAUAAAUAUAGAAUAUUUAAGGUAUAAAUUUGAUUCGAAUAUGGAAAACACAAUUUAUAAUUACUUUCAAAAUAAUAACAAAAGUUUUGAUGAUGAUGUGUAUGACUUAUUUUUAAAUAACAAUUUUGAGCAGGUAUUUCAAAAUUUGAAUAAUAACACCAAAACAAAUAAUAGCAUUAAUAAAAAAAAUGGAAAUAAAGAAGAAAAAUUAUAUCCCAAAGAAGAUAACGAUCAAAAUGUCAUCAACAAUAACCCCAACAAUCAAAAUAAUAACAAUAAUAAAUACAAUUUAAAGGAUUUGAAAAAACUCGGGUUUCUUGAACCAAACGUAAUAUAUUAUAUAUAUUCAAUAAUGUUAAAAAAUAUAGAAGACAAUUAUAACUGGGAAAAUGACAAUAAUUUAAAUGUUAUUUGCCAUAUUAAUGUUCACUCGAAAAAUAACCCUAAUUUUACAGUUACAUAUACACCAAAUUUGAACUCGUGCAUAUCCAGUUGUAAAAGUAAUAUAUAUUGUACUGGUGUCGAAUUUUCUCGGUAUCGAGUUGAAUAUGAACAAAUUUUUUUAAAAAAUAAUCAAAAGAUUAUUGUUGGAUAUUUUAAAUGCAAAAAGUUUUAUUAUAAAGAUAUAUAUUAUUAUUCUUCACCUAAUUUAGAACAAUUUUUAAAUGAAAACGUUCAGAAUGGUGUACCAAUAAAGAAUCCUCUGGCUUAUAAAAAUUUUAUAUUAGGAUACAAAAAUAAAACAAUAUUUACAUGUUCUAUAGACAGAGAUAAAAAAUAUUUAUUAUAUAAGAAAUAUCAAAUAACAGAAUGUUUUGCUGGAAAAUUUUGUCCUGGUAAUAAUGUCCCUUAUUUGAUAUCAUGCCCAAACAAUUCAACGACAAUAGUAAAGUUAACGUCAACUGUUGAUAAAUGCCUAUGCAUGGAAGGUUACGCAUAUUUAGGAUUAAUAUCUCACCGAUGCUCAAUUUGUGAAAGAGGUACAUAUAAGAACACAAUAGGAAAUAUAAAAUGUGAAAAUUGCCCUUUAACCUUUUCUACGAUCAAAAUUGGAUCCAAAAAUAUUAGCGAUUGCUCAUGUACCCUUGGAAAUUAUAUCGAAUUUGAUACCUUAGGCAAUUUUAUUAAAGCAGAAAAUAUUAUUUACAAAAAUAUUGAUCAGUAUUUUAUUGUCCCCCAAAAAACUGAUGAUAAUAUAUAUUACAUGACAAAAGCUAUAAAAAUAAGUUUACAUAAUCUUAAUAAAAAGGAUGACACAGAAUAUAUUAAUCAAAUAUUAAAACUACAUAUAGCAGUAUGCAGACCCUGUUCUCUUGACAAUCAUUAUUGUGAAGGUGGUAUAGAAUCAAAUGUUGUUUUUAAUAAUAAACUUAUAAACAACAAUAUUCACACAUUGCCAAAAAAGUGUCCUAAUGAACUUGUUAUACCUCAAGGAAUUAAACAAAGAAGUUCAAUAAAAAAUUGCUUAUGCGUUCAUGGAAAAGUCUUAAGAGAAUUAAAAGAUAACACUUUUGAAUGCUUUCCAUGUCCUCCUAAUACAUUUAAAGAAAGUGAGUAUGAUAAUAGUUGUUCAGGAGUGUGCCCACACUUCUCAACAUCUUUUAUUGGUUCAUCAUUUGAAAAUCAAUGCUUUUGCAAAAAUAAUUAUUACUUAACUACUGCGAAAAUUAACAAUCAAAAAAAUUCUAAUAUAAAAAAAAACUGUGAACUUUGCCCAACUGGAGCUAUUUGUAAUAGAGGUUUUAACAUUGAUUUAUUUAUAAAACUGCUAAAGGACAGGACAUAUAAUAAUAUAAGCAUUUUAGAUCAUGAAAACCCUUAUCCAGUAUACGGAUAUUACGCAGUAUAUAAAAGGAACAAUAAAAAUACUUUAUGGACACCUAUGGACGACAAAAAUAGUAGCAGCGAUGAUGAAAGUACAAAUAACAACACGAAAAAUAAUACAGAUGCCAAUUUCAAAUAUACUUAUCCAUAUUAUAAUCUAAUUUUGUACAUUCAAAAGCAUGUACAAAACAUGAACUAUUUUUUCUUUGAAAACAAUAACAAAUUUUAUUUAGAUAAAACCUUUAUUGAAUCUGUAAAGAACAAAAAUGAAAUGAAAAAAAAAAAUAAUAAACAUGUAGAUGCAACAGAAUCAAUUAAUGAUAUAUAUAAUCAAUACAAUACAAUAUCCUUUAUCCAAAAUGAGAACAAAUCUGAUACGUCCAAAUAUCAAAAUGACCAAAGCCAUAACAAUCGUAAAGAAAAAAAUAUAUAUACAAAACAAAACAAAAAUUCAAAUACAACUCACGAUCCAACAAAAGUCGAUUUUUAUAAUUUAUUUUCCAUGCAAAAUAAAUAUUUGUCCUUUUUAGAAAGCAAUAAAAAUAUGAUCAAAGACACCAAUAAGGAUACGAAUAAUUUAAUAAAAGAAAUGUUUGAUAAUAAUCUAAAAGAGGCAAAAAAAAUAACAGAAAGAAACAAGCAAUUUGAAAGGACACCUGAUAUUCACCCAUGCAAUUUACCAGAUAGAUGCCUUGGAACUAUAACAAAUUUAUGUUAUGAAGGUUCAACAGGAUAUCAAUGUAAUAGUUGUUCAAAAAAUUAUGACAUGAAAUAUUUUAAAUCUAAAUGUACAAAGUGUAGAAAUAUUUAUCAUGAAAUAUUAAGCAUAAUAUUAUUAAAAAUUAUAUAUUAUGUAAUUAUUAUUUAUACUGUCUCAUUAAAUUAUAAUAGCUGUUUAAAUAAGCUAUAUGUAAGUGGAGUUUUAUUCAGAAUAUGGUUUAAUUGUUCAUUUAAUUUUAUUUCUUUAGGAUUCUUUUCACCUAAUGAUCUUUCAUUUAUUACAAGAUAUUGGUAUGUAUAUAAAGAGAUAUUCCUUUAUCACUUAAAAUUUGUUUCACCUUAUAUAAGAGUUGGAUGCUUUAUGAGUUAUUAUAAUACUGAUAUUACGUAUAAAAAUAUAUGGUAUAUACAAAAAUAUCUCAAUAUUUUUACAUUUUUUUUUGAUGUUUUUUUUAUUACUCUUAUUUUAUUUAUUAUUAUGAAAAUAUCAAAUUUUUGGCACCGAAAAAAAAUACAAAAUUUUGAGAUUAUGUUAUCUACAGUCCCCGAAGUGUACGACAAAUUUAAAAUAGAACAAAAUGAAAAAAGAAAACCAAAAAAAAAAAAGACCCCCAAAAUACACAUAUUUAAUAGCAAUCACGAAGACCAAGAAGACGGGUCACAAAAUAAUUUAACACUAAUACAUGAUUUAGAAAAAAAUGAAAGUCAAUCAGAUGAAUAUACUACUCAUGGUGAUGCACAAAAUUUACAAAAUAAUAGGCAUGAUUGCAAUUUACAGGAUGGACAAAGUGAAGAACCCCAUACUUUGAAAAAUAAUACAAACAAUCCAAUAGAAAAAAAAUUCAAUUUUCUAAUAAAGAAUAAAAAGUCAAUAUUGAAUAAUAGUCAAAUAGAGAAUAACUUAACCGAAGACAAUGAAAGUAUCCACGAUGAAAGUUAUGAAUUAAAAUACAUAAAAAAAGAGCAUACCAUGUAUUCCCCAUUUUUGAAUGAAGCUGUUGAAUAUAUCUAUGAUAAAAAAAUGUUUGGUCCAUGGCGUUUUAUAUAUAAAAAAAAUGAUUGUUUCAUAAAACGAUUCCUAGAAUUCAUAAGCGAUAAUAUUCCAUGUUAUAUUUUAAUGAUUAUUAUUUCAACUCCCUACAUAAUUUUGGAAACUGUACAAUUGUUUUAUUGCAAAUCUAUCAAAUUUAAGACUGAAAAAAGUGAAUUAUAUUUAGCAUAUUUGACUACUCAAAAAUGUACAACUUCUUCAGCUUCCUUUAUGAUGGGUUUAAUUGUAGCUUUCGUAGUAUUAUUAUUUUAUAUAGCUAUAUUGAUUUUGUUAUUAUAUUUAUAUUCAAAGAGAAAAACAAUUAAACUGUUUAACAAAUUCCUCAAAAAUUUAUUAUCAGGAUAUAGACAAGGAAAAGAAAUAUUUGAAGUAAUAUUUUUACUUAAAAAUAUAAUUCUAGUAGUUAUUAUAGCAUUUACUAUUUAUUAUCACUAUUAUUAUAUUGUUGUAAUUACUUUAACAUUAACACUAUUUUCGAUAUUAGAAAUAAUUUCAGACCCAUUUGAUAGACGAUCGUUUAAUAUACUAAAUAUAUCAUUACGUGUGGGAAGUGUUUUAAAUAUAUUUUUUUCUAUCAUUAUUUGGGGGAGCUUCUAUUUGAAUUAUGAAAGGAAUAUCAUGUUUCCCUUUUUUAUUGUGAUUUUAUAUCAUUUUUAUAUGGUGCACAAUAUAGUUAAAGAAGUAAUUUUUUCGAAAUAUGUUAUUACCCUGCAAACUUAUAUUAAUGUACAAUCUGUGGGAUACGAUGACCAUACUAUUAAAAAUAAAAAUUAUAAAUUUUAUUAUAAAAUUAUGAAUAAAAUCAAAUUUGUAUUGAAAAAAAGCCAUAAAGAAAGUAUAUUGCAAUAUGCUAAAAAUAAUAACUCUAUAGAAAAAAUAGAUGAUCAACCAAAAGAAUACAUACAUUUUGAGGCAAUUGAUAAUAUUAUCAGAAAAUAUAAUGAUAAUUUAAAAAAAACAGUAAUAAGAAAUAAAGACCAAAGCGAAGAAAUAAUAGACAGCGAAAAAAAAAAUAUAAAAAGAAAAGCAAGCUCUUCAUUAAAAAAAAAAAAAUUGUCAGCUAAUGUGUGCGAUGUAGCAUAUAUAUGGUAUGAUGAAAAAAAUCAAGAUUUGUUUUUCCAAAUGCCUUUUGAAGAUAAGUUAUCUUCAAGUUUUAAUAAAGAACCCAAUGAAAAAACAUAUAAUAUAUUCGCUCGUAUACCAGAUUAUAUCAAAGAUAAAGAAACAAAAUAUAAUAUUAAAUAUUUUGUACUAGCUAUAAUACAAGUUAUUGAUAAAUUCGUGGUUAUAUCGAAAUCAUGUUCUAUAUAUGAAAAUUGGUUUGAUUUUGCAAUGAGAUUUGCAUUUGUUUAUAUAUCAUGGAUUAAAAAAAUUAAUAAAAAAAAUAUAAUUAUACCGACCACCAUAGAUCAAUUACAUGCUAUAACAGAUGAAUAUAUAUAUAUCCCUUUAUUUUAUAAAUAUGAGUAUUUUACUCGCCCCCAAAAAGCAUGUUAUGAAUCUCCAAAAGAACAAACAAAUGAUGCUCCAAAUAAUUGUGAAGAAGGAAAGUAUAGAACUGAAACAUUGGAAAAAAUUAAUAGUUUCCAAAAUACAGAAAUAAAAAUUAGUCGAAGUUAUGGAUCAUAUAGCAAAAUGAACAGUUUAAAGAAUAGGAAAAAAGAGAAAGAAACAAACGAUUAUUUUAAUGAGCAAAAGAGCAGGGAAAAUUCAUUUAAUGGAAAUGAUACAAAUUUAUCCAAUUUUGUUCGAGAUAAUACAAAAGAAUCUAUAUCAGAGAAUUUUCCCAACAAUUCUCAAAAUGUAAAAAGUUCUAAAGAUGAUGAUAAUAAUUCAAAUGAAGAAAAUUCUGUUAUAAAAUAUUUAAAAAAAAAGGAAAGCAAAAAAAGAAACAAAAAAAGAAACAAAAAAAAUUCCAACGAUAAUGAUAGCAAUACUGCUAGUAUUGCGAAGAAGGCUUCGCUAAACACAUUUAACUAUUCAUUAGACAUUUUUUCCUCGGAGAUGUUUAAUGAAGCAAAUUAUAAAAUUCUAAUUUCUCUGUUUGAAUUGUAUAUAGCUAUGAGUACAUUAAAAACUAUGAAUUCUCAUACCUUUAAUAAAUUAUAUAAACUUUAUAACAAAAAGUAUAUAAUUUUUGAAAAGAAUCUUACGUUUUAUAUUAAUAAUUUAAGAAAUGAAAUAAAACGUGAAGCCAAUGAAAUUGAUAAUGAAAUAAGCCAAGAAAAUCUUGUUGAAAAAAUUAAAAUACAAAAUUAUUAUUACUAUAAAGAGGAAUUAGUAAAACGAAAAAAUAUUGAAGGAGAGUUGAUAUUAAAAAUAAAAAACUUAGAAGAUUGUAUUGAGGCAAAUAAAAGAUCGCGUGCAAUAAGAGAUCUUCUAAAAAAUACACAAAAUAAUAAUGAACCAGCUGGAAAUCUAGCAGAUGAUAUUAAUUUCAUAUUCUCAUUUUUGCAAAAUGAAGAAACUUAUAAAUUAGAUCAUUCAAAAAAAAAGGAAUAA